AUGGCGGAGCUGGGGGACCCCCGGCAGGCUGGAGGGGGGAGCACGGAGAGGGAGGAGCCCCGGGACCCCCAGGAGCCUGAAACGGGGGGAGUGGAGAAGGGGAAGCCUGGAGAGUGUGGGGAGAAGCCCUUCAGGUGCUUGGAAUGUAGGAAGAGCUUCAGCUGCAGCUCCAGCGUGAUCCGACACCAACAGAUCCACACUGGGGCACGACCCUACAUGUGUAGGGAAUGUGAGAAGAGGUUUCAGACCAGCACACAUCUCCUCCUGCAUAAGCAGACACACACAGGGGAGAGGCCCUUCCACUGCACUGAGUGUGGGAAGGGCUUCACCCAGAACUCCACCCUCAUCACCCACCGGCGCAUCCACACCGGGGAGAAGCCCUGCAAGUGUGGGGAGUGUGGGAAGAGGUUCAGGGAAAGCUCGACCCUGAUCCAACACCAGCGCAUCCACACUGGGGAACGGCCAUACAAGUGCUUGGAAUGUGGGAAGAGGUUUCAGACCAGCCCCAAUCUCCUCAAGCAUCAGCGGACACACACGGGGGAGAGGCCCUACAAGUGUGGGGAGUGUGGGAAGAGCUUCACCCAGAGCUCUGACUUGACCAGACACCAACAGACCCACCAGUGA